GUAUCCUCCCUCACUCCGUUCUCAUCAUAUCUUCUUUAUCCUUCCAACUCGCAAGAGAAUGCUUUAGCCCACCAACCCUAGGGCGGUUACCUCUCUCUCUCUCUCUCUCUCUCUCUCUCUCAGACACAGACACACAUACAAGAAUAUCACCCAAAACAUCUCUCUCUCUCUCUCUCAAAUCCAACAUGUCAAAAACCAAUCUCAUCCUCUCCUUCCUUUUCCUCCUUCUCUCCUCUCUUCCCAACCCUUCCUCUCCUUCCACCUUCUCCUUCAUUUACGGCGGCUGCUCCCAGAUAAAAUACGACCCAAGCUCAUCUUACCAAUUCAACCUCAACUCCCUCCUCACCUCUCUCCUCAACUCUGCCAACUUCUCACCUUACAACAAGUACACAAUCAACGCCCCCAACCCCGACCCCACCCUAUACGGCGUCUACCAAUGCCGCGGCGACAUCUCCACGGCCGAUUGCUCGUCAUGUGUAAGAUCCGCCAUUUCCCAGAUCGGCAUCUUAUGCUUAGAUACCAGUGGUGCCACGAUCCAACUCGACGGAUGCUACGUGAAGUACGACAAUGUCACGUUCCUAGGCGUGCAAGACAAGUCGUUGGUUUUGAAGAAAUGCGGACCGUCGACUGGCCGUUACGAUACCGAUAUGUUGAGCCGGAGGGAUGAAGUGCUAACUAGUUUGGGUGGUGGGACCGGCAUGUAUCGUGUGGGGAGUAUCGGGUACGUGUCAGGUGUGGGCCAGUGUGUUGGGGAUUUGGACGGUGGAGAGUGCACGGAUUGCGUGUCUGAGGCCGUAGAGAGACUGAGGGGUGGGUGUGGAUGGAGCGUGUCAGGAGCUGUCUAUCUCGGCAAAUGCUACGCUCAGUACGUCGCGGGAGGGGCAUAUACGUCAAGUGGGUCAUCAGGAGCGGUAUCUUCGUCUAACGAGGGGAGCGGUCAGCCGGUUAGCUGGGGAGGAUGGUGGGGUUUGGCUAUGUGGGCUUGUCUGAUGAAUUUACUGAAAUAUCCUUGAAGAAUUUCUGAAAUGAUUGUGAAUGGCGCGGAAUGUAAGGGUACUUUAGUCAUUUGUGGUUGAUUUGUUUGGCUUGUAAAUGCAAAGGUGUCUUUCAGUGGAUUUAAAUGUGUAGUUUGCGGAUUAAUAGAUAUUUCGUACAUAUGCACCCUA